AUGCCAUCAUGGACACCUUUAGAUAACAAGUUGAAAUUAACAACAGUCGAGGUAGACAAAGCAGCAGGAGUAACAGAUGAUCCUUUAUUAACAGAUAUAGGAUCGUAUCAAAGACUAAUUGGGAGACUAUUAUAUUUGACAUUGAAAGCCAGAAGUUGGGUUUGCAGUACAGACAUUGAGUCAAUUCUUAUAGGGGUUAAAGAAGUCACAUAUGGAAGCUGCUAUAAGGUUGUUAGAUAUGUAACAAUAGAGUCUGCAAGGGGUAUUCUGUUCAGCAGUAAGAGGGAGAACAAAUUAGUAGCAUAUUGUGAUGCUGAUUGGGCAUCAUGUCCCAACACAAGGAGAUCUGUGACAAGGUUCUUGAUCAAGUAUGGGGGUUCUUUAAUAUCAUGGAGGUCAAAGAAACAGACAACUAUUUCAAGGAACUCGGUAGAAUCAGAGUACAAAAGUAUGGCAUCUACUGUUUUAGAGUUAGUAUGGAUCAUUGCAUUGUUUAAAGAACUUGGAGAGGAACUGGAGUCAGUGGAUCUUUUCUGUGACAGCAAAGCAGCUCUGCAAAGAGCAGCAAGUCCAGUAUAUCAUGUGAGGAAAAAACACGUAGAGAUGAUUGUCAUUUUAUUCGAGAGAAGAUACAAAAGGGAUUGA